CGCUAGUCUAGUUGUACUUGUACGCCGGCCGCCGAUAGCCAAAUCCAAACGUACGUUGGGACUGCCGUUUAAAAGUUAUACACUAUAUAUCGCUGCUUCUUCUUCGAACUGAAAGUGAGAAGAUGUAGAUUCGAAUUCAAUAAUCAUUGCUGAAUGCCGAGUCCAGGUGUUGCAAGCGGUCUGCGCGUGACUUCUUCACCUUCAACCCGUCAUCAAUCAAUCAAUCACCCCUACGCCUGACCGCCAGAGUUUUCUUGAGUCUCGAUCGAAGAGUGUCAGAUCAGGCUGGUCGGCGCUUCUGAGUUCUGACAUCACAAAUUUUAUGAUUCAUCAAAGAACAUAUAUUUAGUUUUCCUAACAGUAGAUCACAAGAGGUUAGAAAUUAACUUUUGGUGCGUCCAUCCUGCGAAGCUUUCGUAAUCCUAUUAGAGAAACAAAGAUGUGCUGAUUUAUAAUUAUUUAAUCUUCGAGCAUGCAGUUGAUUAACCUUAUUACCUAGGUGUGACCCUGUGUCAAUUACCUAAACUUGGCAACAACGACAUUUGGCUCAAUUAUCAUAUUGCUUAAAUAGCAUCAUUACGUUGUGACGGUUAGUCCGUUAGUGUAACUGUAAUGUAUUCAAAUUCAAGUUGAAUUUCCAGUCUUUGUUAACUACUGCGUACUUUGUUUAUACCUACAUCUUAAUUGCAAACAAUGGCCAGAGGCCGAAAAGCUAAAACAACAGGGAAGAGGGCUAUCAAAGAAGAUGACCAAUCUGAAUCUGGUCCUGCUGCAAAGCUUCCUCGUGCGGACAGUGAAAACACUCAAAUAAGGAAAGCUGCUGAAGCUGCAGCAUCUUCUGAAGCCUCCACUGGAGAACACAAUGUGCCUUUAGAUUCCUUCUUUGCCAACCACCUUGGCAUGAUCAAUGGCAAGGCACAUCAAGACUAUGCCUGCAUGCUCAAUCAGGCUGAUGUCAUCAAUAACAACAAUAAAUUCUAUGUGAUUCAGAUGGCCAAGAAUGGAAAAAAGUAUCAUGUCUUUAAUCGAUGGGGUAGAGUGGGUGAAACUGGACAAAUGAACUUUUCUGAAUUUACAUCAGAGGAAGAAGCUGUGAAGAAUUUCUGCAAGAAGUUCACAGACAAAACUGGCAACAAAUGGGAGAACCGAAUGAAAUUUGUCCCAAGAACAAAAAAGUAUACACUGCUGGCCAUGGACUCCACAGAAGAUACCGUGGACAGCAGUGCUGCAGUCAAGAAGGAGGUUAAGAAAGAGACGGAUGAUAUGCUGCCUAGUGAGCUGGACCAUCGCACCCAGCUUGCUAUCAAACUGCUAUUCAACAGCAACAUGUUUGAAGCUCAGAUGACUGAGAUGAAUCUUGACAUUCGCAAGAUGCCGCUGGGUAAGCUGAGCAAGACCCAAAUAGCUAAGGGCCUAUCAGCUCUUGUUGACAUCGAAGAGGCUGUCAAGAACUCUGAGAGUUUCGAGACCAUAGCGAACCUCACGAGUCGCUUCUACACUCUCAUCCCGCACGCGUUCGGCCGCAUGAAGCCGCCGGUGCUGCAGUCCCUGGACGUCAUCAGGCAGAAGAAGGACGUCAUGCUCACCCUCAGUGACAUCGAGCUCACGCAGAGUCUGCAGAGCGCAGACGAAACCGAAAAGAAGGAAAAGGCAGAGAAUCCCAUCGAUAAGCACUACAAAUCUCUGAAGUGUGACAUGAAGCUCGUACCUCACUCGUCGGAAGAGUUCAAGGUAAUCAGCCGAUAUGUGGCGGGCACGACGCAGAGCGGCUGGAAGCUGGCCGACGUGUGGCGUCUAGACCGCGCCAACGAGGGUCACAGGUUUAGUGUGAACGACGGUCUGAAGGAGCGCAAGCUGCUGUGGCACGGCACGAACGUUGCGGUGGUCGCUGCCAUCCUCAACUCGGGGCUGCGGAUCAUGCCGCACUCCGGGGGCCUGGUGGGCCGCGGCAUAUACUUCGCCUCGGAGCACAGCAAGAGCAGCGGAUAUACUUGUGGACACUAUGGUUUGUUCGAAGGAGAGAAAAACAUCCGCUUCAUGUUCCUGGUGGAGGUGGCCCUGGGCAAGAGCCACGAGAUCACCGCGUCUAACAGCUUACUGAGGGCAGCACCCGAGGGUUUCAAUAGCAUUGUGGCUCGAGGCAGGAACGAGCCUGAUCCGAAGAAGAAUGUUACACUGGAGCUUGAUGGUAAGAAGGUUGUGGUGCCGGUAGGUAAACCUGUGCCGCAGACCAAGUUCAAAGACAGUGGAUUUAUACAGAGCGAAUACCUGAUUUACAACGAGCAUCAGGCACGGCUGAGGUUCCUUCUCAAAUUCACCGAUUAAAAUCCCCCUCCACUUGCAAUAAAGUCAUUGUAAAUCCUCCUCCACAUGCGAUCAAGUCAUUAAAAAUCCCCCGCCACAUGCGAUCAAGUCAUUAAAAAUCCCCUUCACUAGCAAUCAAGUUAUUAAAAAUCCCCCUUCACUUGCAAUCAAGUCAUAAAAAAUCCCCUUCCAUUUGCGAUCAAGUCAUUAUAAAUCCACUUCCAUUUGCGAUCAAGUCACUAAAAGUCCCCUUCUAUUUGCGAUCAAGUCAUUAGAAAUCCCCCUUCACUUGCGAUCAAGUCGUUAAAAAUCCCCAUCAUUUGCGAUCGAGUCAUUAGAAAUCCCCCUUCCAUUGCGAUCAAGUCGUUGAAAAUCCCCCUUCCCUUGCGAUCAAGUCAUUAAAAAUCCCCUUCCCUUGCGAUCAAGUCAUUAGAAAUCCCCCUUCCCUUGCGAUCAAGUCGUUGAAAAAUCCCCCUUCCCUUGCGAUCAAGUCAUUAAAAAUCCCCUUCCAUUGCGAUCAAGUCGUUGAAAAUCCCCCUUCCCUUGCGAUCAAGUCCUUAGAAAUCCCCCUUCCCUUGCAAUCAAGUCAUUAGAAAUCCCCUUCACUUGCGAUCAAGUCAUUAGAAAUCCCCCUUCCCUUGCAAUCAAGUCAUUGGAAAUCCCCCUUCCCUUGCAAUCAAGUCAUUAGAAAUCCCCCUUCCCUUGCGAUCAAGUCAUUAGAAAUCCCCCUUCCCUUGCAAUCAAGUCAUUAGAAAUCCCCCUUCCCUUGCGAUCAAGUCAUUAGAAAUCUCCCUUCCCUUGCGAUCAAGUCAUUAAAAAUCCCCCCUUGCUUGCGAUCAAGUCAUUGAAAAUCCCUCAUAACUUGCGGUUAAUUUCGAGGUUCCUUCUCAUGUUUACUGAUUAUAUUCACGAACACAUGAC